CUGCUACCCCUUUUGUACCACCAUCUCCACAGCCACCAUAUACCAACUUCAAAAUUAAUAUACAAAUCCAAACACAGCUCAAAACAAGAAACCCUCUAAAAAAAAAAAUUAACAAAUUAAUUUUAAAAUAAAGCAAGCCCUUUGCCUGCUUUGGGGACUGUUAAGUGUGCAAGCUUUGCUUGCUACUCUCAAAGCAAAGCUGUAUUUUGUAUAGUGCAAAAAAAGGAUUACUCUUCACUUUCCCCCAAAACCCACAUGCUUUUCCAUUCUCGUAAUAAUAAUCAUCACCACCACCACCACUCCACCGCCUUCUCCACCAGCAUCAGCAGCAGCAGAAGCAGCAGAGGCUGUCUCCUUCUCUUUCUUCUUCAGACUUUUUGCCAAUCUUGAAAAGCUCGUCUCUUUCCCAUCAGGUUUAAGAGUUGCUCUAAUCUUGAUUAAUUUUUAGUGAUUCAAGAAGCAAGCUAGCUCGAAGAAGAUGAUUACACCAACCGAUUUUUACCAUGUAAUGACUGCAAUGGUGCCACUAUACGUGGCUAUGAUAUUGGCUUAUGGGUCAGUGAAAUGGUGGAAGAUCUUCACUCCUGAUCAGUGUUCAGGAAUCAAUCGUUUUGUUGCUCUUUUUGCAGUCCCCCUUCUCUCUUUCCACUUCAUAUCUUCCAAUGAUCCUUACGCCAUGAACUUUCGUUUCAUAGCUGCUGAUACUCUCCAAAAGGUCAUAGUUCUUGGAGUCCUAGCUCUGUGGACUAAUUUGAGCAAAAGGGGAUGCUUGGAAUGGACCAUUACGCUUUUUUCACUUUCUACUCUUCCAAACACUCUUGUGAUGGGCAUCCCUUUGCUCAAAGGGAUGUAUGGUGAAUAUUCUGGAAGUUUAAUGGUGCAAAUAGUUGUUCUUCAAUGUAUUAUUUGGUAUACUUUGAUGCUUUUUAUGUUUGAAUAUAGAGGUGCUAAAAUGCUCAUCGCUGAGCAAUUUCCAGACACUGCUGGUUCCAUUGUCUCAAUCCAUGUCGAUUCUGAUAUUAUGUCUCUUGAUGGUAGACAACCUCUAGAAACUGAAGCAGAGAUAAAAGAAGAUGGCAAGUUACAUGUCACUGUAAGAAAAUCCAAUGCUUCAAGAUCAGAUAUCUUCUCAAGGAGAUCUCAAGGGCUAUCUUCUACAACUCCUAGGCCGUCAAACCUAACCAAUGCAGAGAUUUACUCUUUACAAUCUUCAAGGAAUCCAACUCCAAGAGGCUCUAGCUUUAACCACAAUGAUUUUUACUCCAUGAUGGCUGCUGGGAGGAACUCAAAUUUUGGUUCUUCAGAUGUCUAUGGCUUAUCAGCAUCUCGAGGACCUACACCCAGGCCGUCAAAUUAUGAAGAAGAUGGUGGGGGUAACAAGCCAAGGUUCCAUUACCACGGGUCUGGUGGUGCAACCCAUUAUCCAGCACCUAACCCAGGCAUGUUUUCGCCAACUGGGUCUAAGGGUGGAGUUGCUGCUAAUAAUGCAGCUGGUCCGAAAAAGCCUAAUGGUCAAGCUCAUAUGAAAGCUGAAGAUGGUGGUGGCAGAGAUCUUCAUAUGUUCGUUUGGAGUUCUAGUGCUUCUCCUGUUUCAGAUGUGUUUGGUAGCCAUGAUUAUGGUGCUCAUGACCAGAAAGAAGUUCGAUUGGCUGUAUCUCCAGGAAAAGUAGAGGGACACAGAGAGAAUCAUCAACAUCAUGAAGAUUAUAUGGAAAGAGAAGAUUUCAGCUUUGGCAACAGAGGAAUAGAAAGAGAAAUGAAUAAUAACAAUCAUCAAGGUGAGAAAAUUAUAGGAGAUGAAGGAAAAUCCAAAGCCAUGCCUCCAACAAGUGUAAUGACAAGGCUUAUUCUGAUCAUGGUUUGGAGGAAACUGAUUAGAAACCCUAAUACUUACUCCAGCUUAAUUGGUCUCACUUGGUCUCUAAUUUCAUUCAGGUGGCAUGUAGAAAUGCCUGCCAUUAUAGCAAAAUCCAUUUCUAUACUGUCAGAUGCAGGGCUUGGCAUGGCCAUGUUCAGUCUUGGUCUGUUCAUGGCUUUGCAACCAAGGAUCAUAGCAUGUGGAAAUUCCAUAGCAGCUUUUGCAAUGGCUGUGAGAUUCCUUACAGGUCCAGCUGUUAUGGCAGCUGCUUCUAUUGUUGUUGGUCUUAGAGGAACUCUCUUACACAUUGCCAUUGUCCAGGCAGCUCUACCACAAGGAAUUGUCCCCUUUGUCUUUGCCAAGGAAUACAAUGUACACCCUGAUAUUCUCAGCACAGGGGUGAUAUUUGGAAUGCUAAUUGCAUUGCCAAUAACUCUUGUGUACUACGUUUUGUUGGGGUUGUGAAGAGACAAAUUCAUCAAGAAAUUGUUUCCAAGAAUAUAUAGAGAGAUAGAGAGAGAGAUAUGAAUAUUUUCUUGCAAAAUGUCUUAUUUUCCUAGUGAAAUUUGUAAAAUUAAUGUUUCUAGUCUAAUUAUUUAGCCCCCAGAAAAAAAUUUCUAUUUAGUUUUUUGCUUAAAUCUUGUUUUUUUUUUCUUUUGGAAAUGCAAGAUGUGGGUGCUGAAAAUUUUCAUGAAUAUUUAAAUUUAAUUAUAUAAAAUUUAUAGAUGUUGAAGAUA